UCCAAUCUUUAUCUGCUGGGUCUCCAGAGGCCCGAGUAGAGAGUCCAAGUUUUCGAACAGGUCUUUGAACUUGGCGUCCGUGUCAGUCCGCCGGGCCUGGUAGAGCUUCAGGCCCACGGUGAUGUACUUCUGUAGGUCUCUGAAGAUCUUCCUGAACGAGUAGUAUUCUCCGAGCACCGACAUUAUCAGCGCUAAGAAAUGGAUGGCACCAAAGCGAGCACCAAAUUGUUUGGGACGACGGGGUCGGGUGCACGUGCGAUGGUGUUAUCAUGUGAUCUGUUGCUAAGGAAACGAAUAAACUUUCCCGACAGCGUGUGCGUCGUUUGUGCCGGAGACUCUGGUAGAAGUGGCGUCUCUCCAGGCGCCUCAGAGUUGUUAACGGACUCGCACACGAGGUAUUUGUUGGAGGAUGGGCGAAAAACGGACCUGCAUUUGCCAGAUAUGUACAUGUGGGCAGCAUAGGUGCCCACACCAGCCCCAUGCCAACAUCAUGAAUCGCUCACCUCUGCAGCCGUGCACCUUUUCAGAGUACACCCAGCAGUUCAAGAAGUACAGCGGUGCCACUCUACGCAAGUCCAUCAAGCCAGCGCAGCAACCUCUCAACCGUGACUCCAAGAUGGCGUGCGAGACCAUCAACUGUCAGGACUUCACUCCCCAUCCCGUCACGCCCCGGGCCAUGCAGCCACUUGCGGUGUACAAGAAGCCCGACGGGAUCGUCAGCUCACACACAGAAUACAGGAUGACCUUUGAGGGGAAGCCACCAAGAGAACCCACGGUAUCGUUUCGUCCAGCGAACUCCAGAAAAGAAGACGGGGAGACAUUUGAUCACAAGUCAACUCAGGCUUCCGAUUUCGUCACGUUUGCCAUUCCCGAGAGGGAAACUUUCGCUGUAAAGAGGACGUACGAACCACCAAAGGAGCCCCUGGAGACAAAGUCAACCGUGAAAAGGGACUUUGUCGACUUUGGACCCGUAAGGCCUCCACAGAGCCUGAAACCGUCGCAGACACCGAAACUCUCCACUGAUCCCUUUGACGGGAAGUCCUGCUACCGUCAAUGCUUCACGCCACAGCCGAUCCCCGCCCGCCACCAGCACACAAAGGAGGUCUACAAGCCGUCGGCUGACAGGUUUUCAGGGCUGUCGACCUACACCAAAGACUUCCCUGGACACACCGGGAGAUUCCCUGCGCUUAGCAUGAAGCCCCCGCAGAAAAAGGUAGCAUCUGACAACCCCUUUGAGGGAGCCACGGAGUCCAGACUCAGCUACCGGUCGUGGGAGCUGCCUCCUAGACACUUCAGGCCACCCACCGUCUACUCACCACCGACCGAGACCUUCACAAAGCACUCGACGUUCCGCACCGACUACCCUGACUACGGCCACACUGAUGUGAGGAAGCCGAUUCGCCCGCCGCCUCGCCCGAGGCCCGACAACGAGGCAGCGUUCCGCCCGGUCACCACCCAGCGCGCGGACUUCCAGUCGUGGGACCCGUCACAGGUGGAGCGCUCCACGCCCAUCCGACAGGGAGGCAACUACGAGCCAAGUCCAGAGAAAUUCAGCGCCGUAUCCACCUGCCGUGACCACUACCGUGGGACACCGGGGGCCCGAGCCCUCUCCACAAAGCCGGUGCUCAAACCGAUGGUGACGGCCGAAGAGAUGGGCAGCAACACGACGUACAGAGACAACUUCUUGAGCUCAGGGUUCUCCCCGUGCCCUGCAAAGUGGCUCUCCAAGGAGAUAGGUAUGAGUGGUACCUUUAGUUUCUCCCACGAGAACCCCUCCAACGGACACCUCUACUUCACGACACUCCCACCAGCAAUUGCCUCACCCCCACCAAUGGCCACACUCCCACCACAAGUGGCAACUAUCUGAAGAAAGAUUGUAAUGUUGCGUGGGCAUCAUGCAGGGAUUUUUCAUUUUGUUGUCACGUAAUAAUGUCCAUUGUUGUAGCAUGUCAACAUAGUAUGUGUGUGUUGACUGGAGUGGAUCAAUUAAGUUACAUGUGUAUGCGAGAGUGUGCAUGUGUGAGUAGAAUCUCG